AUGAGCAUACGGUCCUCCAACGUUGGCUACACUUCACCCAGUGAUUUCGACGUUAACAUUCGCACCAACACUGGGUUUUACCCUACCGCGCCGCUCCCCCGACUACCGAACGGAUUCGCAGUCUGGGAGAACGCAUUAUCUACGGCAAAAGACAAGCUGGUCUUGGGCGAAGACAUCCCUGACAACGACCAUGCGCAGCGCGCCACCGGUGAGCGCUGGAGGGAGCAAAUACGGACCCUCCCGGUGAUCCGUACUGACGUCCUCAACACGGACAAACAGCUACUCCGUCGGGCACACAAAGUGCUCACGUUCUUGGUGCACUUUUACGCACAUUCCAUCCCCCCAAACGAACUCUCCGGUCCUAUCACUAUUCCACGCUCGUUAGUAUCGCCACUGCUGCAGGUCUCGAAAGAGCUGGGUAUGGCCCCGGUCGUCACCUUUUCCGAUGUGGUUUCCUGGAACUGGGAGUACAUCAACCCGGAGCUUCCCUUCUCCGCGGAGAACGUGCGCUUUGGCGUCGACCUCUUUGGUGGUUCGGAAGACGAGAGGAACUUUUUCGCAGGCAACGGCCUGGUCGAAAUUCGCGGCGUGGAAAUGCUGCAAAUAUUCAACGACUACCAACUGAUACCCGACGUCAGCAGCCCGUCUUCAAUGGGUAAAGUCAACCGCCUACUUGCUCGCCUCACCACCAUCAUCCAGGAGAUCAGCGAGAUCAUUACGUCAAUGCGGAACACCGUCGACCCGCAGAUGUUCUACUGGGAGGUUCGCCCCUGGCUGAACGGCUCCGGUGCUGGAAACCGCCCAGAAUGGAUAUAUGAGGGCGUCCCCGACACGUCGGUUCUCGACCUGGACGGGCCAUCGGCAGGCCAGAGUGGCGUCAUGCACGCGGUCGACACCUUCCUCGAUAUUGACCACAAGCUGAAAGCCCGUCGCCAGCCGGCACCAUCCGAGGAGAACAAGCGCGCUGACCGCGGCUUCAUGGAGAGGAUGAGGCGCUACAUGCCUGGAAGACACCGAGACUACCUCAGCAGCCUGGCAGCGAACCCACGUCCUGUCCGGGAGCUGGCCAAUAACAGUCCGGCUAUCAAGGACUCCUACAACGGUGCAGUUAUGGCGUUGAAGAAGCUCCGGGACGCGCAUGUGCGGAUCGCCACGCUGUACGUCAUCUCGAUGGCGAGGUCGAACCCUCCUCCUGGCUGCCCACUAUACGCUAUGCAGCAGAGGAUGGAGAGAGAACGGGCACAGCAGAGGGGGCCGGCGACAGGCACCGGUGGCACACAACUAUCCAUGCUGCUGAAGGCGGGUCGGGAUGCGACGCACCGUGCUGUGCUGAAAAAUGACUGA